UUUCAGGUGAAAAUUUUGGCUGCUUCCUUCUGGAGGUGCAGAUUCCAUAUGUGUUUCUGACAUCUGAAGGACUUCUUAAUGCACCGGAAAUCCUUCAACUUCUAGAAUCCAACAGCCUUACUUUGGAAGAACUGAAUUAUGAGAAAUCCUCUGAUGAUAUCUUAUUAAGACUGAUGGCACUAUCACUCCAAUACAGUUGCUGUUGGAUCAUUUUGUAUUCCAGAGAGAGACUGAAUUCAGAGUACAGCCUCACAGGAAAGACUCUGCAUCAUCUAUCCUUAAUUUAUGCUGCUUUGGUUCCAUUUUCACAGAAAUCAGAAGACUUUGAAGUGAAGGUAGCUCUUGUGCCAGGGGUUGAAGAGAUAGCAUUGUUAAUUCGUCAGAUUGCUGACAACAUUCUGAUGUCUUCUAAAACAAAUCCUCGUGAAUGGUUGGACAAAUCCUGGCUUUCUAUCUUGCCAUCUGAGGCAGAGAAGUGCUUGCUUACUUUUCCAUCUAUAAACCCCCUAGUAGCUCAGCUCCUGUUAAAGAAGGGGUCUUCACUGAAGUGGCUGUUGUUGGCAACUUUUGACCAACUUCAGGAACUCCUGCCUGAGGUUCCAGAAAAAGUUUUAAAGCAUUUUUGUGACAUCACUUCUUUGUACAACCUAAAUUCUUCCACUCCUCCAAAAUCACCCAAGAAAACCAUAUCACCCCAAGAACAAUGGAGCUGCUUCAACAUGACCUUUCCUCAGGCUUCGUUUUCCAAGUCUUUGCUCUCUAAUAUUCAAGGAGAUUAUCACUAUUCAAAGUUGCUUGAUAACGUAGAGAACAGCACAAGUCAGUGCUUAGAUUAUUACAAAAAUGAGUCUUGUUCUCCUUCGAGAUCAAGUGAGAGACAGAGCAUGUUAACAUCUUCACUGUCUUAUUGUGGACAGGUCAGUUGCUUUGAUGAGACAGACCUUGAUAUAAAUGGUCAGCAGUACCUUCCUUUUAUGAAAAAUGUGGGAAUAGAGAGUGCAGAUAGUUCCUCAUUCUUAAAACAGAGUGAUUCAGAUGUAUUUUCUUUGGAAUCAAGCCAUGUGAAUUAUGAAGCCAGAAUCUCACCACCAGACCCCCCUAAGGAGUAUUACAAUUCAGUGUCCAGCAAGGAUACAGAGGAGAGCUUAACAAUUCCCAUCAGUAAGGAAGUUUAUGAAAUCCUCACAAGAAGAGAGAGCUGUCUAUGUGACCUCACUGAAAAGAAGUUUGGUUGCAUGUCUCUCCUUAAGAGUAUAAGAUGUCCCCUUGAAGUAUACAGGAAAAGCCUGAAGGAAGGAAUUGAAAUAUCUGUUUGGAUGAAUGAUAUGACAAGACAUAAUGCUGAUGCUUUGGUGAAUGCAGCCAAUGAACAUCUGGACCAUAUUGGAGGCCUUGCUCUUGCCCUGGUGAAAGUUGGUGGGCCAGAAAUUAAGCAAGAGAGUAAAUGUUAUAUCGAUCGCCAUGGACCACUCACCACUGGCCAAAUUGCAGUGACAGGUGGAGGCAGGCUUUCUUGUAAGAAAGUUAUCCACACAGUAGGUCCAAGAUGGUCUGCAAAUGAAAGUGAGAGAUGUUGUCACAUGCUUGAGACAGCCAUUAUAAAUGUCCUGAAAUAUGUUAAUGCUCCAGAGAAUAAUAUAAAGUCUGUUGCAAUCCCUGCAGUAAGCUCAGGAAUUUUUGGCUUCCCACUAGAUUUAUGUGCUCAUGUGAUCGUACGGACUAUAAAGAAUUUUGUUGAGCUAGCUCCAUUAUUUGACUGGUUCAAAGAAAUCCACUUGGUGAACGUUGCUGAGCCCACAGUUGCAGCAGUGAAAAAGGCCUGUGAAGAGUUGCUGGGCAGGAGUGACAUCAACUCACUUCAGGAGACUCCACCAGCUUCAGCAAAGUGUCUUCCAGAUUCCAUCACAAUCAAUGGUCUUUGCCUACACAUCAUAAGAGGACAUAUUGAAGAUCAGCAAACUGCAGUCAUUGUUAAUUCUGUGGUCAUGAAUGAUGAUCUCUCAAGAGGAAACCUUUCAAGAGCAAUUCUAGAAAAAGCAGGCCUAUCUCUUCAGAAGGAAUUUCUAUUUGAGCUACAAAAACUUCCUCCAUAUUGUGAGAAAUUCAUAUUGACAAAAGGAUACAAUCUUGCCUGCAAGUCUGUGCUCCACAUAGUAUGGUCCUCACAAAGCAGCAGUGAUUCACGCAAGGGACUAAAAACUGCAAUGUCAAGAUGUUUGCUUAAGAUUCAGGAGUAUCAACUUCCCUCAAUUUCCUUCCCUGCAAUUGGGACUGGAGUGUUAAAUUUGCCAAAUGAUGAAGUGGCAGAUAUUAUGAUCGAUGAAGUUUUAAGCUUUGCAAAGGAACAUCCUUGGAAGAAGACAGAUGUGUAUUUUGUGAUCAAUCCAAAUGACAGUUAUGCCUUUAAGGCUUUUCAAACCAAGUUUGAAUCAGCAAAAAACAAACUGAUAGAAGACAUGGAAUGCAACAAAAGUGAUGAUUUGCGGUCACACUCUGACAGACAAGCUGAAAUAGAGAAUAAAAAAAUUGGACCAGCCAUUGAACUUAUUGGCAACUGCUAUGAAAAACUGGAAGCAGCAAAAAUAUGGAUUGAAGACAUAAUGCAAGUCCAGGAAAGUCACCUUAUUGUUAUAGAAAACAAUCACAUUUUUAACCUUAGCAAAAGAGAGCAUGCAGAACUUUCUCAUCUGCAGCGUUUCGGUGUAUCCAUAUUGGAAAAAGUGGUUGGUGGAAAAGCAAGAUUAGAGAUUCAAGGUCCUCCUGGUGCCAUAAUUGAUGCAGUGUUUGUGAUCGAAAACUUACUGUGUUAUGUGCAAGAGAAUAAUAGAACCAAACAAGAGGAACUGCCACAGUCAGAGGGCCGACUGGAAACUAAUUAUCCUCCAGAAAAACUCCAAGACAAGACAAGGGAUACCAAAAUGCAUUACCAGAUCUCAGAAGCAGACUUAUACUGUCAGGAAUUCAAGGAUCGAGAAAAACAGUUUGAAAAAGCUGGGCUUCGUGUUCUCAAGCAAAGCUCUAAGAAUUUUCAAGGAGAAUUUGGAGGCUUGGCAUAUAGCUGUCCAGAAGCUCAGGUUGAGGAGACACUUUGGAGUGAAUAUCCAUCCAUCCAUGCAUUGGAUUCAUUUGCACCUGACCUCAGACUCUGUGAUUCAGUUACAAAUCCAGAUAAAUACAGUAGUCUGAAUGUUCACCAAAUAGCUGGAGAGUUUUCAGGAAAGAGAAGGCCCAGUGCAUCAUUAUCAAACUUAACAGAAGAUGACGUUUUAACAGGUUUAGGCUUUGCAAAAGUUCCACAGCUCAAAAAAAGGCGACUAACAUUUGAAAAAGCUCCUGGAAGAAGUGAUGGGCAAACUCGUCUUAAAUUCUUUUGA